AUGACACUCCUACCACCACCAACAACGUCAACAACCCAAAUCCCCCAACAUGUAACCGCCCUCCUUUCGCACCUCACCUCCCGCUCCGGCGUCCAAUCUACCUUCAUUCUCUCCCGCAAAGACGGCUCCAUAAUCCAGAGUACCGGGCUGUAUGCGAAACCACCACCUCCUUCUCCCCCAAGUGCAGCAGCUGCUGCGGCGCAGCAAUCACCGCGCAACGAGUCCAUCUCCGCACCUAUCCCUACCGCUGUAGACGGAACCGAGGCCGACACUGAGCCGCAGACUGAAAAUGAAGCCGGAGCUGAGCCCGCACCUACCGAGACGGAAGCUACCCCACCCCCGUCUACGAAACAGCCACAACAACAACCGAAAGAAGAAGCGGUAACACAACCAUAUCAGCCUUCGCAGGGUGAAGCUCUAGCGGCGCAUAUCUUUGCGUUUGUGGCCAGUGCGUCGGAACUUAGUCUUGCGCUGUCCGGGGCGGAGGAUGAUGCGGAUGGGGAUGGGGUUGUUAGACAGGUGGAUGGAGGAGUGGCUGGAGAUGGAGGAAGCGCUUCUGGCGCUGGUGCUGGUGGCGCUGGGGAGAAGGAAGAGGGCGAUGAUGAGGUCAAGUUGUUGAGGUUGAGGACGAAGAGGCAUGAGAUUGUGGUCGUGCCGGAUAGGAAGUUCUUGCUUUGUGUGGUGCAUGAUGCGCAUCAUGGGGGUGUUGGGGCGGGUGGGAGUGGAGGUGCUGCUGGGGGGCGAAGGUAA